UUUAAAAAAAAAAAAAAAAGUCGACGCACAUAUUUGACACCCACCCGCACAAAGAAAAACAGACUCUGCUUCUACACGACACGAUGCCCAAGUGCACACACAAAGGCUGCGACAAGGAAUUCGCUGAGCAAGACAACAAAGACAAUGCGUGUCAAUUCCAUUCUGGCGCACCCGUGUUCCAUGAAGGUUUGAAGGGCUGGUCAUGUUGCGAAAAGCGAGUCAUUGAGUUUGACGAAUUCCUCAAGAUCCCGGGUUGUACGUUCGGACGUCAUAGCACUGAGAAGCCAGCCGCUGCUGCACCAGCAGCUACUGCCACCACCACCACCACCACUGCAGCUAAACCCGAGCCCAGCAAAGUGACCAAGGAGGGCGUAGAAGUAUACGGACAACAAGCACAGUCGCCUGCAGUGCCAAAGGCAACAGCUACUGCUGCCGAAGCAGAAAAGAAGAAAAACCAAGAGGAAAUUGAAGAGGAAGAAGAGGAUGACGAAAGUGUACCCGUUGCUGCAGGUGCGACCUGUAAGCGGAAAGGCUGUGGAGUGCAAUACAAGGAUGACGCGACGUCCCGUGGUCAGGGCGCUGAAGCAAAAUGUGUGUAUCAUCCCGGCACACCCAUUUUCCACGAGGGCUCCAAGGGAUGGAGCUGCUGCAAGCGACGCGUGCUCGAGUUCGACGAGUUCCUCAAGAUCCAAGGCUGCAAGGAAGGAAAGCAUCUGUUUGUUGCAAGUCAAAAGGGUGCGGAAAAGGAAGAGCUGGUUGAUUGUCGAACGGACUGGUACCAGACGCAGACGCACAUCAUCCUCAGCGUAUUUGCCAAGAACAAGGUGGACAGUCAGAUCAAGUUUGACAAGGAUUCUGUCCUGCUGGACCUGAAAAUGAAGAAGAAUCAGCGCUACAAAAGGACAUUCCCACUCUACGCUUCGAUUGAACCUGAAAACUCAAACUUCACCGUGCUGUCGACCAAGGUCGAGCUCAAACUGAAAAAGACGAGCGGUAUUUCAUGGCCCUCACUGGAGCCUUCAAACAUCACCACUUUCAGCACCUUUGGCAUCACUGGUGGUGGUGGCAGCGUGGGAGCCAAGGAGAUGAUGUACCGCAGCGAUUCCCCAUUCCACCAAACACAACAGUAAUCAACAAAGCCUUUAG